GCGUCACUGCUCCGCCUAAGCUCCUCCGCACCACCGCACCUAGCGACAGCAAGCAACAUUCGCCAUAGUGCGUGCGCUCUUGUGCAAUUAACAGAGGCAGCUGAAGCUGCAAGUUUGAUCCCAAGCCAUGCGAGGCACUCUUUCCGAACAAUAGCCGCCGUAGAUUCCACCAUGGCAUACGACAUGUCCGCCGGGUACGCCGCGCCUGGCUCAACCAGCCUGCAGGACGAUGCCUUGCUUCCCAUGUUCAACAUCGAACGUGUAUCGCUGCAGUUCUCCGUCGCUUCUGAUUUUGUCGCAGCUGCAGUCGCAAAUAACGUCCUUGUUCUGGCUCUUUCGACAGGGCGCAUUCUGCGAAUAGACUUAGACAGUCCUGCAGAUAUAGACGACAUCGACCUGCCAAAGAAGGCGUCCGAGAUUGGUGUUAUCAAGCGUCUUUUCCUGGACCCCUCCGCAUCCCACCUGAUCAUAACUACCACCCUCGCCGAGAACUUUUAUCUUCAUACGCAAUCACGUUCACCUAAGGCUCUGUCGAGAUUGAAAGGCGUCGUGAUUGAGAGUAUAUCGUGGAACCCCUCACAGCCUACAGCAUCAACCCGAGAGAUCCUGAUCGGCGCAUCGGAUGGAAAUGUAUACGAGGUCUAUAUCGAGCCCUCGUCCGAAUUCUAUCGUCGCGAAGAGCGAUACUUGAAGGGGGUAUACAAAACGAAUGAUGGUCCAGUUACAGGAUUAUGGACAGACAUCGUACCUGGUAGGGCUGACAUGCGCCGGGUCAUCAUCGUGACACCUUCCUCAUUCCUGCACUUUGCGGGCAAGAUUGGCCGGCAUGGGCAUGAAGGGAGUGGAUCGAUAUUCUCGAAGCUUUUCGAAACCGAGUCAGCGACUGUUCACGAACUUGGCAACGUGUCGUCUGGGGUUGUUUCUGGUCUGGCCAUAUCGCCUGAAGCUGUGGAAAGUCCUGGACAGGAUCACACCAAUGCUGAACGGCUAUUUGGGUGGCUCACAUCACAAGGCGUGCUUACUGGAAAAUUGCACCUCUCAUCAGAUACAUCCGAGCUUGGUGGCAGGGUUUUGGGCGAGUCUAAGAUGGUCCCGCGAUCGCAGAUACCCCCUUCGCAGAGCGCCAGUGGAAGGACCAGGAAAUCUCAAGAGCCGGUCCAGUCUAUGAUACUUAGUCAAUGGCAUAUUCUUCAACUAGUUGAUGGCAGGAUAGUAGCAAUCAACCGGUUGGAUGAUACUGUUGUCCUGGAUCAGACUGUACUUGAACCGGGUCAGAGUGCGCUCGGCUUAGUGGCAGAUCUCAAGAAAAACACAUACUGGUUGUUCACUAACCAGGAGAUCUUCGAAAUUGUCUUGACCGACGAGAGUAGAGAUGUGUGGAAAAUCAUGCUCAAAAAUCAGCAUUUCGAUGCAGCAUCUCAAUAUGCGAAAACUGCAUCACAGAAAGAUGCUGUAGCCACAGCUUCUGGUGAUUAUCUGGUCGGCAAGGGUCAAUACAUGGAGGCUGCAGCAGUUUAUGGACGAAGCACCAAGCCGUUUGAGCAGGUUGCGCUUACGUUCAUUGACAAGGGAGAGCAGGAUGCUUUGAGGAAGUACCUACUUACAAAACUCUCUACUCUGAAGAAAAGUUCGAUCAUGCAACGAAUGAUGCUGGCCACGUGGCUAGUCGAAGUGUUUAUGGCGAAGCUCAAUACCCUGGAUGAUACGAUUACUACGAAAGCUGAGCUCUCUGAGAGCAUGAACACAGCCGAGACCCAAGAUCAACUAUCGGUUAUCCGCAAGGAAUAUCAGGAUUUUGUGUCCAAGAAUAAAGCAGACUUGGACCGGAAAACUGUCUAUGAAAUCACCAGCAGUCAUGGCAGGGAACAGGAGUUGCUUUAUUUUGCAACCGUGGUGAACGACUACAAUUAUGUACUUGCCUACUGGGUGCAAAGAGAAAGGUGGCAAGAAACACUUGACGUCCUGAAAAAACAGACGGACCCGGAAAUAUUCUACAAAUACAGUAGCGUCCUGAUGGCUCACGUACCAGUAGAUCUGGUCGAGAUCAUGAUGCGUCAGACAAAUUUGGAUGCCCAAAAACUCAUUCCUGCGUUCCUCAACUAUAACAACAACACCAAAGUUCCACUGAAUCAAAAUCAAGCAGUACGAUAUUUACUCUUCGAAAUCAAUCAACACCAAUCCAUAGAUGCCGCCAUCCACAACACACUCAUCUCAAUAUAUGCAUCGCAUCCCACUAGGGACGAAUCGGCGCUGCUUAGUUACCUCGAAGGACAGUCCUACGCCAAUGAGCAAAAUUACGAUGCUGAUUUUGCCCUUCGACUAUGCAUCCAGCAUAAGCGCGUCCAAUCCUGUGUUCAUAUUUAUAGCUCCAUGGCUCAGUAUGUCCAGGCUGUGGAUCUUGCGUUGAAAUACGACGAGGUAGAUCUUGCCAGUACCGUUGCAGAUCGUUCGAAUACUGAGCCAGCGCUGCGCAAGAAGCUAUGGCUUGCGAUUGCGAAGAAGGUCAUUUCGCAGUCAUCAGGGAUCAAAACCGCCAUUGAAUUUCUUCGUCGGGUCGAUCUUUUGAGAAUAGAAGAUCUUAUUCCCUUCUUCCCCGACUUUGUGGUAAUUGACGAUUUCAAAGAGGAAAUAUGUACCGCCCUCGAGGAUUACUCCCGCAAGAUCGAUGAACUCAAGAAGGAGAUGGACGAAAGCGAGGAGACAGCUGCGCACAUCAAGACUGACAUUAAGGCGCUUGAGCAGCGGUACGCAAUUGUCGAGCCUGGGGAGCGGUGUUAUGUGUGCGGAUUGCCCUUACUUGCGCGCCAGUUCUUUGUGUUUCCCUGCCAGCAUGCUUUCCACAGUGACUGUCUCGCGAAGAGAGUCGUCGAACUGGCAGGCAUCGCUAGGGGUAAACGGAUUGCCGAGCUGCAAACCGAAGUUAGUAAGGGUACCAGUGUCGGUUCUAAACGAGAAAAAGCUAUCCGAGAAUUGGACGCUCUUGUUGGGUCAUCAUGUGUUCUAUGUAGUGAAAUGGCAGUCAAGCUCAUUGAUGAGCCAUUCAUUACUGCUACGGACGAUAAAGAGGAGUGGGCGUUGUAGAAAUCACAGAAGAAAUCGUAUUCAAUGACUUCAACCGUUCUAGAUAGAAAUUAUGUUGUCCCGGGUAAUAUGACCCGCGGGUGUUGUUUUCCAAACCUGAAUGACGAUGGUCUUGAUGCGCACGAUCAUUGCCGUUUUAGCAAGGGAUCAACCAAACACCACGAACGUUUUAGCUCCCUCCCCAUGGCUCUCACAGACACCAAUUGUUC